AACAUUCCUCACUUGUAAUGGGACUGUUCAAGAAUGCUGAGCCUACAUGUUAGAGACGAGAGAGUAUUUCACUCUCGGAUUCUAAAAAGGCUACGUCAGGCACACUUUUCUAUAAAUUAGGUCCACUUCUCAAUAAAUUAAGAAGGUGGCAAGAGCCACCCUUGCAGAAGGAAGUUGGCGGACAGGUGGUGGGGAAAGAUGGCGGGGAAAGAUGGCGGAAAAGGAAAUCAGGAAGAAACUGGAGCAUAUUAAGAAGUUGAGUGUAGAGGGAAGUAGUGAGGCGAGGAAGGUCGGAGUCAAGUGCAAAAACAGGGAUAUGUGCUCCAGUAGUUCAGAGAUGGAACUUGUUAAGAGUUCAGAAGAAGAAGAAGAAGAAGAAGAAGUGAUGAGCACAUGCCGUUGGUGCACGUCAGUGGGCGACGAUGUUGCAAAACUGCUCCAGAGGUACUGUGCUGGGAAUCUGUUAGCAGAGGAUGAGAAGGCACUCAACAAGGACCUCAGGUACUGCCUGGAGUGUGUGGUAGUGUACCACAGGGCGAAAGAGGAGUUGCCUGGACUGCACAGGGUAAGGAGGAACCAUAGGCUAUGGGAGUUGGAGACGUCCAGGCUCCUGGGCAACUUCUCUAAUGCAGCAAAGAAGGCACGGCCGUCUAAGGACCUCAGCUAUGUAGAAGAGGACGGCCGGGAAAUCGCAGUGCCUCAUAUCAGCCCCGCCGAGUACGAGGACAGUCUUCGGGUUCCCCUGUCAGAGGUCCUCAAAUACCCCUACCUGCUGGCACAACCCGAAUUGAGUGAAAUGUGUGUUGAGGCAAUAUGUAAGAUGGAGGAAUAUAACUCCUUCCAGGUGUUGGAUAAAUAUCCAGGGAUCUACCUCCUCCUCGUCCACCCCAACGAGACGAUUAGGCGGUGGGCAAUUGGUGCUGCCAGGUCUUUAGGGAAGGUGGACCGAGACGACUUUUAUGAACUUCAGGACAUCUUCUCCUGCAUGUUCUGCAAUGUCGAGCUGCGAAUCCCCCAGAACUUCCCAGACAUGGAUACCUCCUAUGAUCCUACGACUAAGAUGACAUGGCUGCAACCGCAUCUUUACGAUUCAAAAAAUGACAAAAACUACUGGUUGGGCAUCUGUAUGCUUUUGACACAGCUGGAUGCCCAGGCUAUGGACUCGCUGUUCCUGGGGCCAGACAAACAGGCCAACAUACUGCACUGUAUCCUUAACGCCAUGGACCGUGGCAUGGAGGAUGAAGAACCAUCCAAGGAGAUGGAUCCCUUUUGGCCAGUCUUGCAGUGUUUUAUGGUGAUCUUGGAUUGUUUGGGCUCUAGGAUUUGGGGUCCGAUUGAGCCAACCCAAGCCUUCCAGGCCAUCACAGGAAGACCAAGCUACUCUGCAGAGCUCGAGAGCAUCAAACAACAAACCAUGAUAUCAAGGGUUAAAACGGAAACUACAUGUGAUGAUGACAUGGUGACCUGCAGUCAGAUGGUUUAUGACAGUAACACCAAAGUGAGCAAGAAGGAUUCCAAGCUUGUUUCAUGUGCUACCAGUCAAGAGCGUCCACGAGUCAGGGACAGUGUUGAGGAAAAGGGUAGCAGACGCUCACAUGGUGCAGAUAGCAGUGUGGUCUAUGAGGAAAUGAGUUCUCUGGUCAACCUCCUGCAUUCAGAAAUGGGCCAGGCAUUGCGUGUGCACGACAGCACAUUUCUCUGGUUCAUCCCCUUUGUGAAGUCUGUUAUGGACCUCGAUGAACGCAGUGUCAUAUACAUUAAUGAGGUUGUCCACUACCUGUGUGGGGAGAUCAGCACAGACCUCCUGAAGCGCCAGGUUCGCAUAUGUGACAAGGUCACGGAGUUCUUCACCCUUAUUCUCGUCCAUAUCAUCGAUUUGCACCUGGGGAGUGGCCGCAUGAAUAUGCUCUAUUACUGCGCUCCCAAGUGGGUGGGCGUGUUGGUGAAAUGUGCAACCCUGCCUGGUGAUGCUUUUGUCCACACCUCGGAAGGUUCAGUGUCUCACUCUGUGUCUUCCACAUCCUCUUUGAGGGUCAGUGCACCCCGAAAGGCCUCUACUAGCAGGGCUGUUCCACAGUCAUGCACGCAUAUCAUCCGGUCCCUGCUGAAGGAAGGGAGCAGGCUGAACCCCAACAGUAAGUGCAAGCACUUCCUGAACCGACUGAACAAGCACCUCAGAGAAGGGCCCCAGAGGGAGUGGAAGCUGAUUAGGCUGGAGAUUCAGGGGCUUCAGAUCUGUCUGAAGGACUAUGUCAAGACGAUGAUGAACAGGCCAACCACAAGUACUCCUCCACCCGAACAGCUGAACAUUGAUGCAGGGCCUGUGGCACCAACCACACCACCACUUCAGUCAAGCAAUGACACCUCGGGAUCUAGCGGCUUAGCUGAAUUUAACCAUCCUAUAAAACGGGAAGGGUUGUGGGAUUAUGUCGACGGCAGUACAUCUGGUGGUAGGGAUUCUAAUGCAGUUCAGAGGGGGAGGGACAUAGACCUAGCGUUGCUGAAAAAGGAGCCCCUAACCCCUGAAGAGGAGGAGGAGUAUGUAGAGCCGACUAAUGAUUCAAGACCAACCCAAGAGAAGUUCUCUUCCUUGAGGGCACAUCCAGAGAAAAUACAGGUGAUCAAAUCCAGACUUGGCCAGCUUAUGACCAAGAAGUCCAACUCUGAGAGAGAUGAGCCCUCUGUAGGGCUCAGUGAAUUCGGUAAAGAGAAACCUCAAAAUCUGUUCACCAGCUGUAGAGAUGAGGCAUCCAACUACCAAGGCAUUAGCAGAGACCCUCCAUGCCCCCAAGAAUCUGUUGACAAUGAGCAGGUGGACAAUGUGCCCCUCUCUGUUUUAAAAAGUAAUCUUAAAGGAAGAGUAGGCUCCAAAUCUUCACAAGAUCGGAGUAAAGGAUACACUAGACAAUUUGACCGACAACGAUCACCACCAAAGCCUCCUUCAGACGUCAUUGUUAUAUCUGAUGACGAGGCUACAUUAGAUGUUGGUAGAGCAAGAGGAACUCAGUCUUUUUCUGAAACGUCACAAAUUAAAAAUGAACCGGAUACCUCCGAACAGAAUCACAGUACCUGGCGUGAUUACGACGGAAACAUGAGUGAAUCUCAGGUGUUUGAGUUUGAAACACAGGAAUAUAUGGCGUCUGCCUGGUCCAACAGAGAUUCAGAAAGUAACAUGCCACCCGAAAAGUCCAAAGAAGAGAGCCCUGUCAGACAUCUUUUGAGUCCAACUUUAAGAGAGCCUUUAUCAACCUGGGAAUGUGAUACACAACCUAUCUAUGACGAGGAUAUUGAAAGAGCCUGUAAGCAGGUUGAGAAGGAGCUUGAGAAGCCUAAGACCCCACCACAAGGGCUCAAAAGGGCCAUCGUUGUCAAAAAAAGAAAGAUUCUUGUUGAUCCAAAACCAUUGGCCUCCAAGUGCCUGAGCAAGAAACCUACCGUGGUAGAAAAACUAAUCAAAGAGCCUGUGAAGGAUGCUCCCCAUGCAGUCACACCGCCAUUGAGAAAAAGCAGUUCAACAGUACGUUCAAACAGACUAGAAACCGAGACACCUUCUUCCUUAACCACAUCAGCCAUCUCACACAAAACGUCAUUAACUCCAGCCAUUGUCCCUCCUAAAAAAGUCAGAAAAGCCGCAGAGCCUGUGUCCAUAGCAGAGAAGCUUGGCCUUAAGAAGAAGGAGCGAAAGGCCUUUAAUCUCUCCCAGCAAUCGCAUGACACUGUUGAUGAGCUGAGGCGCCACGGCGCUACAGUCAAUGUCCUACAGGCCAAGCAGCCUACCCGACACACCAAGAGGUCAAAGGUGACCUCCCCUCAGAAGGGAGUGGUCAAUGCGAGUAACAAGAAGCUGCUAGCCGCACCGUUCUUCAGGCAGAGCAAGCAGGCUUCGGGAGCAGGAACCUCUGCAAAGGCAGAGCCAAUGAAGAGAAAUCCUAAAAAGAUUGACGAGAAUCAAAGACCCAGUUUUGUUACAGAGGAGGACGAUGAAGACGAGGACCUGCAGUGUUCCCAGCUAGAUCCUGCCCGCCAUGAGGAACAGCUGACGUUCAAUCGCAGCUCUCAAAGAGCCAAUGAGAACAAACCAGCAUCAUCCAAUACAGUGAGGAGUGUGUCGUCCAACAUGGACAGGCAGAUAUCUCCAUACUUUCAGAGGAAUGAUGUCAUACCUGGACCUUCUGGUCAAGUUCCCAAAAGCAAUGAGGAAGGUGACGGUUAUGAUGCAGACUGUAUGUACCUCACCCAAAUGGAGCCAACUGACAUGGAGAUGUGCUCGCAGAUGGAGGAAGAAGAAGAAUUCUUCUACACGCAGCGGGACCCUGUAGACAUGGACAUUGACUCGGACAGCCAGAUGCCCUUUGAGGAAAAAGGAGGGUCUUCAGACUGGACACUGCCUAAUCAGGCAGACGAAGGGCAAGAGGCUCCACUUGUCCCACAGACCUUUAAGAAACCGGCUACUCCGCCACCCUCGCGCUCUAGCUUGCCUCAGGACGAUGAUCGCUUGUUCCUGAAACCAGGAAUGUCCCCUAUGUCGGUUAAAAAGGCCAAGCCGUCCACCACCAAGAUCUAUGCAACCUCAAGCUCCAGGAGUGCCUCCUUGGUGCAAGAAAUGGAGAGGACUGCCAAUGCUCAUUUUUUGGCUUCUUCUGCCCCUGCUGGAAGAGGUAGGCCUGCCCGGCCAGUUGUGCCAGGCCGGCCAGUCGUGCCUGCACGAAGUCCCUGUGUACUAAAACCACCUCCUCAUCCAGAUGUCGGUCAGUCUCUCCAACUGAAUCGACUCUUAUACAGACCCAUCACACCACAACUACCACCUAAACCCAUUCCACCAAAACAACCACCACCCAGAUCCGAACAAAACCUCCCCCGUCCACCUGGCCAGCCCCUCCGCCCUAUCCAGCACAGCAACAUAGGUUCCACCCCCCAGCCCUCCACUUCCAAGACCUACCCCAGGCCUGACGCCCCUUUCCAAAGGCAGAUACCCAACCCGGAGGUUGUCAUCAGAUUUGACCCCAACUACCUGAUUCAACACAUCCUGAAAUGGACAUUUGAUAUGUUCAGCAACUACAAGCAGUUUGGUUUACCCUCUGAGGUAUGUGAGUUACCGCUGGAAACAGUAGGCUUCAGCUUCAGCUCUUAUGAUGAAUACUACAAGACUUUUUACCCCCUGCUUCUCACCAACACUUUUGAGGAGCUUGCAGGUGAAUGGCUAAAGAACAAGGAAUCAGGAAAGGUUGUCACUCAGAAUUUAAAAGUUGUCGCAAAUGAGUACAGCCACAGUGUUUGGAAUGUCAGUUUUACAGCGAGCAUUACUGCCAGUGAUGUCUCCCGUCAGAUGUACCCUAGGGAGGAUGACCUGGUCAUUCUGUGGCUGCCCCAGAAUACAGGUGCUUACUCACGGCAUGAGCAGGGCUUCUUGGAUCCCCAAGAAUAUUUAGGCUAUGUACAGAGAUCCAAUAUCUGCAACGGAGGUGUGGGCCAGUGCCCAACUCUGAACCUGAUGAUAAAGACCCUGGGGAAUGUGAUGUUGGCGAACAAGCAGGCAGUGCGCUGUGAUGUGGUGGGCUCCCUGGUCAGCACCAUGAGGGUUUUCAGGGCAAUCUGGCAGCUCAAUGGCAGCUCUAUGCUCAAGCCCAUCCUGGCCCCACAGGUCUCCUACUUCCAACCUGGCCCGGAGGUCAUCCCCAGCCUCAACCUGCCUGGUUACAACCCAGACCAGGUGAGGGCGGUGAGAACCGGUAUGUCUGUUAUCAGGAACCAGCAACUCACCCCAAAAAUCUGCCUGAUACACGGACCCCCAGGAACGGGAAAGAGCAAAACCAUUGUGGGCCUGCUGCAAAAGCUGUUCUCUGAGGGAGUACAGAGUAUGGCUCCUCCAGUGAACAGGCAAGCUAAACCUCGCCGCACGCGGAGUCCUCCUGUGCGCCCGUCCAACGCCGCCAUCGACAACCUGAUGAAGAAGAUUAUCCUGGUCUUCAAAGAGAAGUGCAAGAACAUCCAGGGUAACUGUGGGGACAUCAAUCUGGUGAGGCUCGGGAACGACAGGACCAUCUCCAAGAAUCUGAAACCUUUUAGCCUGGACAGUCAGGUGAAAAACAAAACACAAAAGGCCCUGAUGUCACAGGACUCAGACGUCCACAGACGCAUAGCGCAGCUGGAUGAGAACAUAGACAAGAUCUCCAAGAUGUUGCCCAAACUGCAGAAGAAUGAGGAAAUGUACCAUGAGCUGGCAGAGCAGAAGUCCAGACUGCUCCAAGAGAGAAAGACACUCGGCUACCAGCUCAAACAGUCUCGCAGUAGGAAGCAGGAGACCCAGGCCCGGGUACUGCAGGAUGCCCAUGUGGUCUGCUGCACCCUGAGCUCCAGCGGCAGCACCGUCCUGGAGUCGGCCUUUCGGCGCCUGGGACACAAGCCCUUUAGCUGCGUCAUCGUGGACGAGGCAGGGCAGGCCACCGAGACGGAGACUCUUAUCCCAAUGCUCUACCAGUGCAAUGCCCUCAUCCUGGUGGGAGACCCCCAUCAGCUGCCACCUACGGUUAUCUCCCAGACAGCGAAGGAGUUGAAGUAUGGCCAGUCCCUGAUGGCUCGGCUGGUGACCAACCUGGAUCACUACUGUAAGGAGAACAAGAUGCCCAGCCCUGUGGUCUUCCUUAGCUACCAGUACCGCAUGCACCCCGACAUCUGCGAGUUCCCCUCCAAGCACAUCUACCGCAAGGCCCUUAAAACUGACAAUGACACUGCAGCGAGGAUGGUGAACUUUGGCUGGCCUUUCCAGCCCUACCGUGUGUUUGACGUGACUGACGGCCAGGAGGUCAAGGAGGGAGAGUCGUUCAGCAACCUGAAGGAGGUGCAGCUGGUAGUGAUCCUGCUGAGGAUGAUGGCUGAGAAGCAGCAGGUCAAGGUGGGGGUCAUCACGCCCUACAAAGCCCAGAAGGACCGCAUCAACCGCGAGCUGGCCAAGAUGGUCAACAAGAACCUCACGGUGGACGUUGACACUGUGGAAGGCUCAGGGCGCGAGAUGGACUGCAUCAUCGUCUCCUGCGUCAGGGCAAGCCACGAGCAGGGCGGCAUCGGGUUCCUGGGGAAUCGCCAGAGGUUGAAUGUGACCAUCACCCGGGCCAAGUUUAGCCUGUUCAUUCUGGGCCAUCUACGGACACUCCAGGAAAACCAAGACUGGGGUGCGCUUAUCAAAGACGCCGCUACACGUGACGUCAUUAUAUCAACGAAUGAGAUGACCUUCAAGACAGACUCCAGGAAGAUCUUCAAGCAGGAGCUGACCAGGAGCCUGUCUAACCCCCUCAGAGAACCAGGCCCUCCCCCUGCUGCCUCCAGGGCUGCUCCCAUCGGGCUGCGGCGCUCCUCUGAGCCAGCCCUGUUCGCCCAGGGCUGGGACUCCCCCAAGCAGCCCAGCUCGGCAUCCCCUCCCCAGGCCGCUGACAGGCCCACAGACCCGCGUCUGGUAGUCCAGCACCCACAGGCCCCCCAGCAUAGAGCAGACUGGGAUCUGCGAGCUGAAGGAAUCAGGGACCCACGAGCGGAGAUCAGAAGGGACCCACGAGCGGAGAUCAGAAGGGACCCACGAGCGGAGAUCAGAAGGGACCCACGAGCGGAGAUCAGAAGGGACCCACGAGCGGAGAUCAGAAGGGACCCACGAGCGGAGAUCAGAAGGGACCCACGAGCGGAGGGUUACAGAGACUCCCGGGUGGAAAACCUCAGAGACCCACGAGCUGAGAGGGACCCACGAGGACGGAACAGCCCAGAACAGCUUCACCCCACUGUGUACCAAAACCUGAGAUGUGCUGGCAGGGAGAGGGACAUGGACAGAGAGCGACACCAUUCACCUGUCACCGCGCCCUGCCCAGGAGACGGAGUCAACAGACCACCGUGGGACCACAGUGCUACAGCCUCCUUCAACAACCACACACACACUCACCCCCAGAAACGAGCCCCAGACACCCGAUGGAUCCCUCCCACCCACUCCAAGAGGGGGAAGAGAUGAGUCUGACCACUGACCCUGUUUGGUUUGUUUUUAUUCGUGUGCUUUCUUAUAUAUUCAGAGAAAGGGAACGAGAGAGGAAGGAGAGAUUACUCCUCAGAGUAGUUUGGUUCUCAAACAGUCUGGAUUUUAAGUGCAUACUAUUUCCGCUUAGAGCAUAUAUUAUUAAGUGCAAAAGUAUGUCUUGUCAGCAAUAGUUAUUUGACUAUAGACAAUUAUUUGUUUAUUUUGCUUUUGAAGUGUCAUCCUUGUUGAGCACCAGGAUGGUGGGUAACUGAGGCAAAUGUUACAUUUUGUGAUCAGAAUUUGACUGGUUGUGUUGCUUAAUGUAUCUUUAUAGAAUCUGUAACAUGGACCCCAGACAUAGUCUGAGCGAACACAUUAGCUGGAGCAUGUGGGACAAAUACAUUUUAUUUCUAUAUAGAGAGACAUGUUGUACAGUAGUUCACUGCCAUUUUAUUCCCCAGAGAAGUGUUGAAAGCGCUGGGUGUUUUAUUUCUGCUGGUUUAGUUUGGUGUUUUUGUUUGUACGGUAUUGGAUGCACUUUUAUUUGUCGUAUCACGCUGUGCAUUAACACAAGGUCAUUUUUACACACACAAGAAACUAAUCUCUCAGUAAAGCUUAUUUUAGGAUACCUUUCUUGUUGACAGAGACUAGGGGAUAUGAGUGUAUUAUUAACAACUAUUAGACUUCAGGCCAGCUGCCUCCUUGAAUGUUGCAACCAAAGUACAGACUUCCAGUGGCUCUCAGCAACUUCAGGGAAAUAUAAAAAUGUAAGUAUACAUCGCGUUAUUCCUUCUGAGUUUCACCUGUCACGAUACCUUCCUGUGUUCCAAUUUUUGGAAGGUAAUGUUUCAAAUAAUUUCUUAAAGUAAUUUCUAUGCAAUGUAGUUUUUUGGGGGAAAUAACGUCCUAGUUUUUCCAAGACAUAUGCGCCAAAUAAACCACGGCGCCAGUUUAACCCAAAACAAAUAUGCACAUUUUUCAUGUUUUUUAAGAUUGUAAAUUAAUCCUUUGUAUUUGAAAUUGAACAAAAUUAUUUACAAUUCAUUUUAAGCUGCAAAAUUAUUGCUUUUAUUUGUGUGCAAUUGGUGCUGCACCCUCUUGCCAACGUUCACCUGGGGCGUGUUCAGCAGGACUCAUUGUUUUGGAACGUUCAGAUAGAAAUAUGCUAUGUAGAACAAAUAUGCAUUUCUUACAUGUAGAAUAAGAAUCAAGUCUGCUCUAUUUGUGGAAUUUCUAUCUGCAACGUUCGCGAAUGUUUUCGUACUGAACAUGGCCCUGUAUAUUAUUGUUCACCAAACCAAUCAGCUGAAUCCAUCUCUGUAAACUGUUAGGGAGAGCGCCCAGUUAUAUUGAUUAUAUUUUGUUAUAUAAUGGUCAACAUCGAAUGCUAAAAUUUGAA